AUGGAGCCAGAGAUCAUUAUUUUUGGCGUUUUCGCCCUGAUUGAAGUUAUAUUCGUGUCAGAUAAUCGACCAAAAAAAGUGGAAAGCAUCAAUUUCCCAAUAUUUCGCCAUGGUGAUCGUGCACCUACCGAUAGGCUUUCUAACCAAUCUUUUAUAAACUAUUUCCCGUAUGGACUUGGUAGAUUAACAAGAAAAGGCAUUGAGAAUUCCUAUCAUCUUGGUACAUUCUUACGUAAACGCUAUGUGGAGACGGGCUUUUUACAUUUACCUCUGCAUGUAGAUCAGGUAUACUUUCGUAGCAAAGCGAAUGAUCGUUGCUUGAUGAGCGCAUCGCUUGUCGCUAAUGCCAUGUUCAAUGUUGACAAAGAAAUUGUCCCAAUGGCGCCCAUAUACACACAAGAAAGCAACGACUGGUUGCUUAGUAGUAAUGUGAACUGUGCUGCCGAGCUGAAGCGAGAUGUGGCCAAAUGUGGGUGGACUCCCAAGGCGGAUUACGAUGACUUUACUGAAUUCGAAGGACUGAUCUUCGAAUGCCUUGGUCUGCAUAAGAACAACAAGCUUUUUCCGGAUGGAAAAAGUUUUAAAAUUGCUGAUUCAUUGAUUAAUGAAGUAAGUCACAAUGUUUCAAUAUAGUA